CGGCCUCCUGGCGGCGGGCCCGCGGCGGCCCGGGCCCGGCGCCGCGGUCCGGGGGCCCGCCGGGGCCCGGGCGCUGCCGCGGAGCGCCGUGGAGGAGAUGGCGAGGGCCGUGGAGGGCUACGCGGAGGGCAAGCGGGAGCGGGAGCGGCAGCUGCAGAGGUCUGCCCGCGUGUGGCGGCGCGAGGGGAAGGACUGGGAGGCGCCUCCAGACCUCGCCAACGGGGAGCCGAUCGUCAAGAAUCUGCGGCACGGCAACAACAUCCUCACCCUCGAGGCCUCGGAGUUCCCGCCCUACCGGGACGUGCGGCCGGAGCAUGUGGGCAGGGCCAUGGACCAUGCGAGCCACUCCUCAGGGAUGGAACUGGUGGCGGUGUUGGACAACUUCGGGGUCGUCAAUCGUGAUACCAAAGAUUGGGUGGAGCCCUAUUUCCUUCUGGAUCGGCUCGAGAUGAUGCAGGACAAGAUAGAGAGAGCCUACAGGGCAGCAACGUUCCUGAAGGACUACGUCGACAAUUCUCCGAAGAUGGUGAGGGCAUGGAAGCACGCUGUGCGUGUGAGGAACGAGUGUUUGCGACGGUUGCGGCGCAACCAUGCGCUGAUGCCUCACUUCAAGCGGUUCGCGCAGUGGUCACAAGACGAGGCCGAGCGCCGUGCUGGUGCCGCCCACAUGAUACUGUGCUCGAGCUGGAUGGUGUGAAUUUGGACGAGUGGGGCUGGGCACGGAAUAACGCGGACGAGUUCGUACAGGCAAUGAGUUGCAGACAAAAUUUCAUGGACAUAGCUCUCGAAUGGGAGGAUCUCGUGCGCAUCGAGACUGACAAGAGGGCCUUCCUGGUCAGAGAUGUCAACGAUAUCGCAGGGCUCCCUCAGUUCCUGCGGGAAGACAUGUCCAAUGCUGCCGUGCACCGUGGCUACCCCGCGUCCACUCCAGAGACGGGUCCUUGGUUGGUGAUGCAUGUUCCGGCUAUGGUCGAGCCCAUUCUGAGGCACGCCACCCAACGCAAAUUCCGAGACUUCGUCUAUUCCACUCACGCUCGCAUUGGGUACACUGGGGGCACCGGCGACGGCGACACCACGGAGAUGCUGGACAAGCUGCUGGGGGAGCGCCUGAAGUACGCCAACUUGCUUGGCUUCCCGACGUACGCGGACUUGGCGUUCACGCUGAAGAUGGGCACCAAGCAGCAGGUCUACGCGUUCCUGGGCAGGCUGCGCCGCGAGAGCCUCCCUGUGGCCCGGAGGCAGCUCGCCGAGCUGCAGCAGUUCGCCACCUCCCAGGGCGCCGGGCACCAGCUGGAGCACUUCGACCUCGAGUACUGGCGCGAGCGGCUGCUCGAGAGCAGGCUCGGGCUGAGCGAGGGCUACCUGCGGGACUUCUUCCAGCUGCCGACGGUGCUCGACGGCCUCUUCGGGCUGCUGCGGCGCCUCUUCGGCGUGCGGUUCGUGAGGGAGGAGGCGCCGGCUGAGUCCAAGUGGGACCCGCACGUGAUCUUCUACCGGCUAGUGGACGAGGACAGUGGAGUGGUCAUGAGCUCGCUUUUCAUUGAUCCCUACAGCAGGAGGUGGCGCAAGAAGCCGGGGUUUGCCGUCGAGCCUAUACAGCACCGCUCCACCAUCACCCCCCUAGCGGACAACUUCACCGAGGCCGGCGCUCGGAAGGCGGCUGUGACCAUAGUGUGCGACUUCCUCCCUCCUCGCCAAGAAGGCGACGUUGCUCUCCUCACGCACAGAGAUGUUGCCAAGCUCUUCCACACGAUGGGAGGCGCUUUGAGGACCUUGCUGACUAACACGACGACCGGCCUAAUGGCUGACGAUACAUACCUGGAGCUCGACGCACAGUCGAUGCCGGCUCAUUUCUUGGAGAGGUGGGCGUUCGACAAGACCACAUUGCGCAGCAUGUCCAGUCAUGUCGAGACAGGCGAUUCACUUCCGGAGCCAGCAAUCGAUGCGAUCGUCUCUUCGCGGAGUUUCCAUCGCACGAUCAGCAUGUUGCGCCGGGUCUUUCAGGCACAGGUCGAUUUGGACUUGCACGCGCAGUACGAUCCCAACGGAGAGAUGACGACGCAGGACGUUGCCAAGCUGAUCGAGGCCGAGUUCUCGGUGAUCCCCCCGCGCACCCGGGACCACGAGCUCAACAGCUGGCCGCUGCACGCGGAGCGCGGCUGUGGGCUCUACUCGGACCUGUGGUCCGAGGCCCUGGCGGCAGACGCCUUCGCCGUCUUCGAGGCGAGCGGCCUGGAGGACGCAGAGGCCGUCGGGGGCCUCGGGCGGAGGUUCCGCGGCUGCAUCCUGGCGCCCGCGGCGGGGCGGAGCCCGGCGGGCGGGCUGCAGGAGUUCCUGGGGCGUCCGCUCUCGCUGGCCACCUUCCUGCGGGCCCACGGCGUCGCGCCGGGGCGGGCGGGCGCCUCGGGCGAGGGGCCCGCCGCGGGCUUCGACGACUACGAGGACAUCUACGAGGACGACGCGGACUUCGUGGAGCUCGAGGCGUACGACGAGCCCGAGGAGGACGGCGAUUCCGCUGAGCGCGAGGACGACGUGGAGGCGGACGUGCCCGAUGCCACCGGGUGAGGCGGGCGUGCGGAAGGGAUGCUCGUGGUGUGGCGUGGAGAGGUCGACAAAAGGCGCGUGUAUCGCACGCGUCUGGCAGGCAUGACAUGCUCACGCAUC